AUGUUAUUCCUCGACGACUUUCUCGAAAGUGAGUAUUUUCUUUGAUCAUAAAAUCAUAAAUUGUUUUUUUUAGUGCUUGAUGAGCUCCCGGCAGAAUUGAAAGAAAGAAGUGACGAAGUUUUGAAAAUGGAUGCAGAUGUUGAAACAAGACUUCGUAGAAACAGAGAAGCUGUCAGUGAAUUUUUUGAGUAUAGUGGAGUUGGAAUGACAGAGGAACAAAGAGCUGCUAGAUAUAAAGCAUUGCAAGAUGUUAGUUUUUUCAACAAAAAAUAUAUUAAAAUAAAAAUAUUUCCAGGAAUUUUCUAAAAUUCGUUCUAUCAAUGAGAGAAAAUAUUUACUUAUGAAGAAAAUGCAAGACUUACUUACAAAAUAUCAUAAUCAUUUGGAGAAAGAAAAAACUAAUUUUCAAUGUGAGAUGGAAGCUGACAAUUCAGGAGUUACAGAGAUGAUUGAGAAAAGUAUGUGUUUUUUUGAAAUAUACAACAUUUUCAAUGAUUUUGUUUUCAGGAUAUACUGAAUACGUUGAAGCCUGUUUGGCUGCAAGAAAAGAAAGAAAAAGAAAACAUGGAGGAGGCGGAGGAAGUGGAAGUUCUCGAGAGGGAACUGUACAACAACUUUCGAAAGAGUCGAGUGAGAAAAUUGCGAGAAUUCUUCAAGAAGGAACAAGAUUGAAAAUGGAAAUGUCAGAUGAUUCAGCACAAUCUGCAAUGUCAUCAGCAGUUCCAUCUCCAGCCCCACGUGGAAGACCACCAAAAAAUAAUGUAAUGUUUUCUUCUGCAGUUGCUGAAGAUUCACCAAUUCCACGAAGAAAAUCGAAUGCAAAUACACUUCGCACAUCAUUUAUGGGUGGCCGAAUUUCACCAAAUCCUUCCGAAAAAAGUUGGUCAAAUUUUGGAAUGGAUGAAACAUCUCAAAGUUUCACACCUACAACACCACAACUAACACCAAAUAUGCCAAAUUUCGUUGGAAGCGAAAGUCGACAUGGAAGACCAAGAAAAUUGACGACUCGUGUUCAAGAAAUGUUCAAAGAAACACUUCAACGUCAACGAAAUCAUGGAAAUAAUAUGAUUCAUCAAACUCCGCCAACACCAACCACACCACAAUCAGUUCAACAAACCCCACCAAGUUUGAAUUCGAGUUCAACAAAUAUGCCCCCACCAUCAACUCCACCAAGUCAUCAUCAUAAUCACACCCAACCACCGCCGAUUGAAACAGAAAUGGAAGGUAAGAAAAUGGUUUUGAAUAUGUGAUUAAAAAAUUGGAAAUAAUUCAGGUUCUGAUGAUGAGGAUGAGGAAAGUGAAGAUUCUCGGCGAUGGUGUUUUUGUCACGAAAAGAGUUAUGGUGAAAUGGUAGCAUGUGAUAACAAAAGUGUGAGUUUCUGUUUUUGGGAAUUUUUGAUUACAAUCAGAAAUCGGAUCACCAAAAUAUGUUGAAAAAAUCUUAUCUUUCCAGAAUGUGAGAAUUUUUCUUUGAAAAAAUUCCCACUUUUAAUUUUUUUUUCCCCAAAAAAUAGUUCGCAACGUCGUUUUGACUUUUCAAAUCUUGCUCAUUUUUUUUGAAAAACAAGGAUUGAAAAUGUUUGUAUUUUUCCUGCUAAAUUUCAGACCCACACAUUUGAUACUUGAAAAAAAGUUUGUAUUUUGAAAAUUAUAAAUUAUUCCCCCUCCCGCUUAUUUUCAGAAUCUUUCAAUAUUGAUUAUUUUUCAGUGUCCAUAUAUGUGGUUCCAUUAUCCAUGUGUCGGAAUAUUGGCCCCACCAAAAGGUAAAUGGUAUUGUCCACAUUGUGUUAGUUCUGGAGCAGCUGCAAGAAUUGAAGAAUCUAUGAUAAAUGACAAUGAUUCGUUGACAUCUUCAUCCAAUCACAUCAAUAAUUAUCCUCCGCCUCAAUUUGAAUAA